GAAAGAUGAAGAAACACAACGUGCUCGAGCGAGUCUACGCCCACGAUGCGCGAGGUAAACGGCCCACGGGGCUCCAGGAGUGGAAGACGGGGACAGGCGCCGUGAUGCGCAGGUUCGUGGCCAUGCAGUUCCUGAGGCUCGCGCUCGCGAUGGUGGCUGGGCUCGAGCGCAAACGGGAGGUCUACCUGAUUGGCCCCUGGGACAUCAGCAAUGCCUUCCUUCGCGCCACAAUGGACGAGGACGCCUGCGCGAUGCCGCCUGUCGGCGAGGACGAGCCGAACGUAGCGUGGCAGCUGGCGAAGGCGAUGCGUGGCACAAGGAUGCAGGUGACGGUCAUGGUGUUCGUCCACGUCGAGAAGAGCAUCUACGCGGCGGUGCGUUGCGACGACUUCAUGGCGGUGUCCACCUACGUCGACCUGCAGUGGCUCAACGAGGUCCUGGAGGAGAAGUUCGAGGUGAAGAGGUCUCCCUUCAUCGGGCCCUUGGUGGCUGGGGGUGAGGCGAAGUCUGGCAAGUUCCUGAAGCGAGCUGUGAAAUGGACGGAGGAAGGCUUCCACUGGGAGAGCGACAUCGAGCGCGCAGUCACUCUGGCGGAGUCUGUGACGCCGACGGUGCUCUAUCUGGCCGCGAACGGGUCGGACAUCCAGUUCGCGACGAGCUGGGUCGUGCGAGGCAUGCAGGCGCCGAUUGAGAUCCACGACCUGGGGCUCAAGCGGCUGGCCACGCACCUGGCGACGCAUCCGUGGAUGACCUGGCACUUUGGGCCCCGGCAGAUGCCGAGGGAGAUCACAAUCGUGACCGCGUGCAUCGGCAGCUGGGCAGGGCAGCGGGCCUCGAGGGCGCUGAGCAGUGGAGGGGCCGAGUACAGUAAGACGACGAACGGAGCGGCCAGGGGCAUCCUCACGAAGAACCUAUUCAAAGUGAUGAUGGUUGAGAUGAUGGCGGCGGUGGCUGGCGACAGCGCGGCGGCGAUCGGGAUUUGCUCGAGGCUCGGCGUCGGUCGCAUCAGGCACUUGGAUGCGAAGUACCUUCGGCUGCAAGAGAAGGUGGCGAGCAGAGAGGUGCGAAUCAAGAAUGUCCCGGCGAACGAGAAAGAUGCGGAUAUCAUGGCGAAGGCCCUGGGCCCGACCCGGCACCACGAGCUGGUGAAGGGGCCGCGUAUGACCCUGCAGUCUGGCGAGGGGCUGAUCAGGGCAGGGCAGCCAGUCAUCGAGACCGCGAUGUUAUGA